GCCAGUACAAACAGGAUGGGCCAAAAGGCCUGAUUCCGAGCGGUAUGAUUUGUAAAUUAUCCACGCAACUGCAAGUCGAAGCAGUGCGAUGCGCCAAUUGUGGGACCGAGGGCAAUUGAGGCCUGAUGCAGGGUCUCGACCCGGACCGCCGGCCCUUCCUUUCCCUGCACAGAGGGUGCUCGACCCGGACCGCCGGCCAUUCCCACAGAUGCUGCCGAUGUUCCUCCAGCAGACUCCCUGCCGCUCGCAUCUGGAGAGAGCGCGGAACCGCCGUACUUCCGGUGAAUUGCUAAGAGACGGCCUGCGGCGCCCUCCUUCCGGCGGGUUACCGGGAUACGGCCCCGGCAUUUUCCCCUUUACUUCCGGCGGGAGAUGGCGGAGACGCGGGCGCGUCCGUCCGUGGUGGAUCGUUACUUCACCCGUUGGUACAAGACAGGUGGGCGGCGCCGCUCCGUGGUUACGGGCCGCUGGUUCUGGCGAUGUAAAAGGCAAGCCCUGUGAAGAUCAUUGCAUAUUACAGCAUUCUAAUAGGUUAUGUGUUAUCACUGUGGCGGAAUCUCACCCUGUGUUACAGAGUGCAAAAAAAAUAAAAAGUAUUAGCUACCAAAUCAGUGCCAACUGCAGUCGAUUACAAAACAAGGUCUCAGGAAAAUCUAAACGGGGUGGACAAUUCCUGACAGAACUUGCCCCAUUGUGCAGGAUAAUGUGUGAAAAUGGUGAGGAGUUCACAAUAUACAGUUGUAUCAGAGGACGAUUGUUGGAAGUAAAUGAAAAUAUCCUCCAGCAGCCCAGCCUUCUACAAGAAAAGCCCUCCACAGAAGGAUAUAUUGCUGUUGUGUUACCCAAGUUUGAAGAAAGCAAAAGCAUAACCCAAGAUUUAAUUAGCCAGGAGAUGUAUGAAGACAUUAUUUCAAAGAGAGAUGGUUCGGCAGCAGAACAGUUAAAUACUGAGCUCAGUGAUCCUGUAUCCCUCAACAUAGGUUGAAGAACUAAAGGUAUAUAAGUACUUUCUGCAUCUGAGAUAAUGACUUUGAAAUGUUCUUGAAGCUUAUUGUUUCUAAGCAGAUGAUAAUUUGUUCCCACUGUGUCACAGUAUGAGUGUGCCCUUUGUAGAAAAAUUGAUUUAUUUUAUAUAAUGCAGUUACCACUGAUUUAGGUUAUCUUGUGUAUUUAAACUUGCUCUGCGGCAGCUCCCAUUGAUUCUAAAUACAUAAAUUUCAUUCCACUUCAUGUAUAGUAUGAAUCGGUACUUAUUUUCCCAAUAUUUAAAUGGGGGAAAAACUAACAGUUAUGCAUAAUAGAUUUAUUAUUGAGGCCAGUGUACAAAGACUUUCCUAUUACAAAGGAUGAUGCAUGGUAAAAAUUUGCUAUUCAACCAUUUGGAAAUCGAGAUGGUUCAGCACCUGGCGCACCAAGUCAUGUUUACAAUUUCAACACACAUGUUCCUGCACAUGUCAGGGCCCAGGUUCCUGUGUUCUCUUGAAACGUACUGGGUUCACUGAAAUGGUACUGUGUAACAGUGAAUUAAAUGUAUUGAAGUAUAAACAAAAUAACAUUAGGUGGUGUGGAAAAUCUGCUUGUAAGGCACCACUAUAGUCCUGGAUUAACAGAGCUUUGCUGUAGUACAAUUUAAAGUACAGUGUAUGUUUCACCUUUGAGUCCAGUUGAGCUGCUCAAGAUUUAAUGAUACAGCUUGGCCAAUUGUGCUCAUUUUCUUAACAGACCAGACAGCAACCUAUUUUGAAUGUUGCAAAAUAAUCAAUAAGCAUGGAUCAAUUGUGCAUCAUGAUCCUUAUUACUUUGGGGCUAUUCAAUUUGGUAUUCUAAGAGUGAUGUGCCUUUGGCUCCAAUUUUUUUUGUAUAAAGUGAAGUCUUGAAUAUGUGAAAAUAACCAUGAAUUGUAAACCCAGCUGGUUCACUAAUGAACUUUGAGAGAAGAAAAGCUGAGCCAAUAUCACAAACUGAUAGAAACAGAAAUAAAGUUACCUGAAGUUGUAGAAUUGAAGAUUGAAUACAAAAGCCUGUAAUGUGCCCAGAUAGAAGAUGAGGUGGUGUUCCUUAAGCAAGCAUGGGGCUUCAUUGUAACAGUGCAGGAUUUUGUUACUAGGAUAAAAUCUAAAUAUUUACCCAGAUUAGAUUAGCUACUUGCCUCUGUUCAUGAGAGUGUGUUUUAUUCUAAUCAGAUUUUUAUAUUUUGUGUUCAUAACACAGUAAUGCAAUUUGGUGAAAUGUAAUGGGCCAACAUCUUCAUUUAUCAGAGCAUCUGGGCAAUCAGGAAAUUCUGAAACAAUAUAAUUAUAAAAUUCAUAUUAAAUGCUCUGAUUUUAGUGUUGGAAUGAUAAAAGAACUUAUCCUGAUCUACAUCAAGUCCAAAAAAUAGGGAUUGGUGGUUGGUCACAAUUGUUCUUUACUUAAUGUGAAACUAAUGCUUUAGGGUGUGAUAAGCACAUUCACCAUAUGAUCAAAUUACUCAGCACUGAGAAAUAAGUAACGUUUUUGAAAAUGUAAAGUGGAAUAUGAUUAAUAAAAGCUGGCAAGAAUUUCAUGAAAG